AUGACCUUCCUCAAAUGGAUAUUGGACGUUUAUUCCAGAGUCCGGAAAAGAAGCACUUUGGACGAAUACUGGAGAGUAUGGUGCAUGCUGUACCGAAAGUCCGUGGGGAAGAGUUUACAUGCUAAAGUCAUGGAGGAGGUCCGUGACUACAUUGAUGGAUACUUGACCAUUGAGUAUAACCUCGACACAUCCGUGCGGGAAAAGCCAGUUAUGGACGUUGACGACGUGUAUCUUGUCCUCCAUCAUCUCUGGGUUCUGGACACAUCGGUCUUCCCGGAUGAACGACAACGACUCCAGCUCGCUUUCUUGAUUCUUCUUUCCGCGUACACAGCAACGAGGCCGGCCGCUUUGGUGUACAAAGUGACCGAUCCAAUCAAACAAAGAGAACACUACCUUGGAUGGGAGAAUGAUGAGGACAACGAUAAUGGUAAAAUGGAACUGGAUUGGGAAGAUAUCAAGACUCUCUGCUAUGAAGAUGUGACGCUUCUUAUGCUUCCGAACCCUGAAGGAAAACGAGAUCUUCUCGCGAUGGAGGUAACGCUGAAGUAUACUAAGGGAUGGAAGAAAAAACCAAAUCCGAAAACGUACAUCCUUACUGAGGUUGAUACUCUUGUUUUUGAUGCGAUCCUAUUGAUGAUUAUUGUCGCCAUCCUCGACGAUGCUUUCGAGUCCAAGGUAACAUCAAUGGAGGAUAUAUUGCGGAUUCGAGUCCGUCCGCCACGACGCAGUUUGGAAUUUAGAUGGCGUGCGGAGAUGAUGAAAAAGCCAAUCUUCCGCCAAGCUGAACGCACUUCCACUGGCAUUCAAACGUCGCCGACGAAAGCGUUACGUUACCACACCUAUCUCUACUAUCUUCAGCGAUUGGGUCUCCAAGCAGGACUCAUGCAAAUCCUGGGAGCCUAUGUCAUCCGGAGAGGAGCUGGUGAGGCCGUUGAAGCUGUUGCAACUCAACCUCAGCUUCAGCAAGUUAUGUGUCAUAGGGAUGCUGGUAUCUAUCAAGCAUACAUCAAUCAACGUGUCCAGUGUGACGUACAGGCUGCUUUCCUUGGCCAGCCUUCGUCCAGGGCUCUGUUUAAAGCAGUCACACAUAUGAGUCGACACGCCGACCCACGAGCACCAACAGGGCUCGCUUCACGUGAAAUUGAUGGUCUUAAGGCCGACCCGGCCAUUGUUCAGCUUCGAGAGCUGAGAGACCGAUUGACCAACGAAGCGCGCAAAGAAUCUGGAACUCUGAAGCAGGCGGAAGCUGAAGGGACUAAGAUCUACCGGAUGUACAAGGAGGCCGACCGAGCGCUUCGUUCUACAAAAUGGACAGCACUCAAGUCGGCGAAGAAAGCCGCGCGACAGCAGUUUUUCGACACAAUUAGCACAAUUGAGAUCAACAAGCAGCUUGAUCUCUCUAUGCUCGAUCUCGAGGAGGGCGACUGGGUGCCCGAAAAGGUGGAACACCAUUUGGAAGAACGGCGAGUGGUUGCGGACCUUAUCUGCCAGGAUACUUGCCAGCUUGGUGAUCAGGACAAGUUCUGUCACAGGAUCCGUACCGCGAACGCUCUCGUCGCCUUGUGCCAAAAGAAGGACAUCCCGCUGCGGCACAAACCGGAUCGAACAUGGGGAGUUCAAGCGAAAAUUGAAUCGUCAGACCGUCAGCCCUUUCCCAAGGCUCCGACAACCACGCAGUGCGUCUUCUGCUUCUGGAACACAAGAGAGCCAUGCGAAGUCCGACUGCACAACUUCUCAACAGUGUACAAAACUCGGGAUCAUGUCGAACUCCAUCUCAAACAAUUUAAGGAAAACGAUGACAUCCCAUGCCUGGACCCCGAAUGUCAAGCCUCCGCUGUCGUCCUCCGUGGACACAUGCACUUCAAGAACCAUGAAGCGCGUAUGCAUAAUUACGAUAUCUUUCGGACAUUCAGCUGA